AGAUGGCACAGGAAGAUUAGUGACCUAACGUAAUCUGUAAUUAGCAUGUUUGUGUGCUGGCAUGAAAGAGGUCAGGUUCUGUUUAAGUGACAGCUCUAUAAGGGAUAUAAGGUACCAGAGCAUCAUGUGAUAAAUGAACCAGAACACAGCUAAACAUGGCCAGCAACAAGACAUCAAAGCAGAAAUUAGAAGUCAAAGAGCCAAAGAAUCAAACUGAGAGCAAAAAUUCAAAGGGGAAAAAAGAAGACGUUAUGGAUUUUGAACAACAGUCCAAGGCUACUAAGAAAGUAAAAAAGAAGAAAGGAGAAAUCAGUGAAGAGAAAGUGGUAAAGAAGAAAUCCAAGGAGUCCAUUGAGGGGAAGAAGAAUACAGGAUUGUCAAACUCAAGUGCCACAAAGACUUCCAAACAAAGACCAGACUCAGAAAAAAAUUCAGAAGUUGGGAAGAUCAUCAAAAAGCCAAAAAAGAAGGAGACAAAUAAAACAGAAUCUGAAGAGACAGAAAAAAAACAGAAAGGAAUUAAGAGCAACAUUCCAGCAAAAAAUAAUGCAGCAAAAACAAAGAAAAAAGACUCUGGAGCCAUAUUCCAAACAAAUGGAGGAAAAAAAGAUGACGGCAAAAAGAAAGGCACAGAAUCUGGUGAUAAAGAUUCAGACUCCAGCUCAAAGCCUAUAAAAUCUACAAAGAAAAAAGCUGCUUCUAUGUUUCAGUCUAAAGGAGAAGGAACUAAGGAAACAAAAGAAAAGAAAAAAGGGUCUUCGAAGUGUGAUAAUGAGGUGAUCGAAGAAGGAGAACCUGUGAAGAACACAAAUAAAAGAGGGAAGAAGGGGAAAAAAAGCAAAAAGAAGGAAGAACGUCCACCAUCACCAGUUAUAGAAGUGGAUAAUCUGGAAGAAUUUGUGCUACGCCCUGCACCACAAGGGGUGACGAUCAAAUGUAAAGUGACAAGGGAUAAGAAGGGAAUGGACAGGGGAUGGUAUCCAACAUAUUAUGUUCAUCUUGACAAUGAGAAAAAGGUCUUCUUAUUAGCUGGGAGAAAACGAAAGAAAAGUAAAACCUCCAAUUACCUAAUUUCCAUUGAUGCAACAGAUCUGUCAAGGGGAGGAGAAAAUUUCAUUGGAAAGCUAAGGUCCAACCUCAUGGGGACAAAAUUUACUGUAUUUGAUAAUGGCGCAAAUCCUGAAAGAGCCAAUUCUGAUUGGUCCAAUGUACGCCAAGAGCUUGCAGCAAUUGUGUAUGAAACAAAUGUCUUGGGAUUUAAAGGUCCUCGGAAGAUGACAGUUCUCAUACCUGGAAUGGAUGAAGAUUGUGAAAGAGUACCCAUCCGCCCACGAAAUGACAAUGACGGACUACUCCAGCGAUGGCAGAAUAAGAACAUGGAGAAUGUUAUAGAACUGCACAAUAAGAGCCCUGUGUGGAAUGAUGAAACACAAUCUUAUGUACUGAACUUCCACGGACGUGUCACUCAUCCUUCCAUCAAGAACUUCCAGAUUGUCCACUCUGAUGAUCUUGAUUAUAUCAUCAUGCAGUUUGGUCGCAUAGCUGAUGAUGCGUUCACCAUGGACUAUAAGUACCCAAUGUGCGCAGUACAAGCUUUCGCAAUUGCACUAUCCAGCUUUGAUGGGAAGUUAGCCUGUGAAUGAUAUACCAAACGCUAUACUGCCUAUUAUGUCUAUACUCAUUAAAAGAAAGAACACUCAUUUAUA